CCGCCAAGCCCCGGCCUCCGCCGUGCCAGGCCUGCAGCCUCCGGCGGGGUGGGACGGGACGGUUCGCGGCCCGGAGGCACUGGGGGUUCGGGGCGAGGCCGGGGCUCGGCCAGGGGACCCGAAGACCGGCGACCGAGCUCUGUCCCCGCGGUCCUUUCCGGCACAGACCAUGAAUUACGUGGGGCAGUUAGCCGGCCAGGUCUUUGUGACCGUCAAGGAGCUCUACAAGGGGCUGAACCCCGCCACCCUGUCAGGAUGCAUAGACAUCAUAGUUGUUCGCCAGCCCAACGGGAAUCUCCAGUGCUCCCCUUUCCACGUGCGCUUCGGGAAGAUGGGGGUCCUGCGCUCCCGAGAGAAAGUGGUUGACAUCGCAAUCAAUGGGGAAUCUGUGGAUUUGCACAUGAAGCUGGGAGAUAACGGAGAAGCAUUUUUUGUUCAAGAAGCUGAUAAUGAUCAGGAAGUGAUACCCAUGUACCUGGCCACCUCCCCCAUUCUGUCAGAAGGAGCCACAAGAAUGGAAUGCCAACUGAAAAGGAACUCUCUAGAUAGAAUAAGAAGCCUGGACACCAACAUGCCAGCCCAAGUUAUACCUCCCAGUGAGACCCCUUCAAGUGGCUCUUUAGGCAAGAAGAGAAGGAAAAGGAGGAGAAAGUCCCAACUGGAUAGCCUGAAAAAAGACGACAACAUCAACACGUCUGAAGACGAGGACAUGUUUCCCAUAGAGAUGAGCUCCGACGAGGACAUGGAGCCUCUGGACAGCAGCAGAACUCUUCCUGAUGAUAUACCUCCAUUCCAAGAUGACGUGCCUAUGGAAAACCUUUCCUCAGUCUCAAGUUAUCCUCAGUCGGCAUCAUACCCUAAUUCAGAUAGAGAGUGGUCACCUAAUCCAAGUAGCCUGGUAGAUUGCAAAAGGACCCCCCCUCAUCUUGCAGCUGCGGCCAAGGGAGGUCUUUCUAGUUCUUGCCCGCCACAGUCUGCCCACUUCCAUGCUUCGGAAAGUCCUUCAGGUUCCAGACCUUCAACACCUAAAAGUGAUUCAGAAUUGGUCAGUAAAUCCAUGGACAGGACAAUGCAAAAGAAUAACCUAGAAAUGCUUUGGCUUUGGGGAGAAUUGCCCCAAGCUGCAAAGUCGACUUCUCCGCACAAGAUGAAAGACUCCAGCCCACUGAACAGUAGAAAAACGUGUGAGAAAAUUCACUUUCAGGCCAUUCACAGUGAAUCUUCAGAUACCUGCAGUGACCAGUCACCAACAUUGGCUGGGGGGCCACUUUUAGACCAGAACAAGUCUCAGAUGGAAAUGCAGUUUGUGAAUGAAGAGGACAUGGAGGCCUUGGGAGCGACAGCCCUGCCUUUACCUAUGAUUGAAGAGCUCAAAGCCCCCUCUGCCAGUGUCGUGCAGAUGGCGAACAAGACGGAUUCUCCUUCCAGGAGAAAAGAUAAAAGAAGUCGACAUCUCGGUGCUGAUGGCGUGUACUUGGAUGACCUCACAGAUAUGGAUCCUGAGGUGGCCGCCCUGUAUUUUCCCAAAAACGGAGACCCUUUGGGGCUCGCCAAACACGCCAGCGACAGCGGAGCCCGGUCAGCCAACCAGUCCCCGCAGUCCAUGGGCAGUUCGGGCGUCGACAGUGGCGUGGAGAGCACCUCGGACGGCUUGAGAGACCUGCCGUCCAUUGCUAUCUCCCUGUGCGGGGGCCUCGGGGACAACAGGGAGAUAACGCGAGAUGCCUUUUUGGAACAGGCUGUGUCAUAUCAACAGUUUGUGGACAACCCUGCUAUCAUCGAUGACCCCAAUCUUGUGGUAAAGAUUGGGAAUAAAUAUUAUAACUGGACAACAGCAGCACCUCUACUCCUGGCAAUGCAGGCCUUCCAGAAACCUCUGCCAAAGGCCACUGUGGACUCUAUCAUGAGGGAUAAGAUGCCCAGAAAGGGAGGAAGAUGGUGGUUUUCAUGGAGGGGAAGAGGCACCACAGUCAAAGAGGAAAACAAGCCAGAGCAGUGCUUGGCUGGGAAGGGCCACAGUACUGGAGAGCAACCGUCCCAUCUUGGCGUGGCCACCAGAAUAAAGCAUGAAUCAUCCUCCAGUGAUGAUGAGCACGCAGCUGCCAAGCCGACGAACGCAGGCCACCUCCCUCUUUUGUCUAACGUCAGUUACAGAAAGACUCUCCGGCUCACUUCAGAGCAGCUGAAAAGCUUGAAGUUAAAGAAUGGCCCAAAUGACGUGGUUUUCAGCGUCACCACACAGUACCAAGGCACCUGCCGCUGCGAAGGUACCAUCUAUUUGUGGAACUGGGACGAUAAGGUCAUCAUUUCUGAUAUUGACGGGACAAUCACGAGAUCUGAUACUCUUGGCCACAUUUUGCCCACCCUUGGGAAGGAUUGGACCCACCAGGGCAUUGCUAAACUGUACCAUAAAGUGAGCCAAAAUGGGUACAAGUUUCUCUACUGUUCUGCACGUGCCAUCGGGAUGGCAGACAUGACAAGGGGCUACCUGCACUGGGUCAACGAGAGGGGCACGGUGCUGCCACAGGGACCGCUGCUGCUUAGUCCAAGCAGCCUCUUCUCUGCCCUGCACAGAGAAGUGAUUGAAAAGAAGCCAGAAAAGUUUAAAGUCCAGUGUUUGACAGACAUCAAAAACCUGUUUUUCCCAAAUACAGAUCCCUUUUAUGCUGCUUUUGGAAACCGACCGGCUGAUGUGUAUUCAUACAAGCAAGUAGGAGUGUCUUUGAAUAGAAUAUUUACUGUCAAUCCUAAAGGAGAACUAGUGCAGGAACACGCCAAGACCAACAUCUCAUCGUAUGUGAGGCUCUGUGAAGUGGUUGACCACGUUUUCCCAUUGCUGAAAAGAAGCCAUUCUUCAGACUUCCCGUGUUCGGAUACUUUCAGUAAUUUCACCUUCUGGAGAGAGCCACUGCCACCUUUUGAAAACCAGGACGUCCAUUCUGCUUCCACAUAAGAUGUGCAAGCAGCCUGGAGCCAGCAGUGCAGAAGCCUAGGCGCCACGCAUUAAAGGAUAGGUUGUGAGCAUGCGCAGCUACAGCUCGGGAGCCUGUGUGCCGUCGUUUGCUUAAGAGCAGCGGGGAUGGAGAAGCAUUUCUCCCCCGCCUCACCUUCAGGGGUAACACUUCUAAGUGAAAUACGGAGGGUGUAUUUGUAGGCGAGGAAUCGGGUACACGCAUAGUGUGGAAAGCAUUCCUUGGUUGUGGCUUAAUGCCUAUUCCAACACUGCAUUCUCAAUCCGCUGCAGAGAUUAGUUAUUGCUUAAUGUGCAGUGUGGGCUUGUGAAACCUGAGCAGAAGGUGGCUGUGCAAGGGCUGUCCCGGCUAAUGACAGUGUCAAUUGAGCCAGCUGUGCACGGUUUUUGGUAGAAGAGGGGGCACAUUUCCAUUAUAGUGACGUUAGUGCCGCUUUCUUCUGCACACAGCCGGGAGGGCUGUCUUGGGUAACAUGUCCUGGAUCUGAGGUCCCUGAAGGGAAUUCAGACCUCACUGGGUCUGGGCCUUGGCCUUGUAGAUGUUUCCUUGCAGUAUUUGCUGACUAGUCUCAUUUUUAGCUGAUAAAUUCUUCUUUAAUUCCUUUGGUUAAAGAUAGUCUAUGAAAUUGGCAUAUUUUCCGCCAUUUUUUGUGGCUCAAGGCUGGUUUAUGCCUUAAUGCAUCUGCGGCAGAUAUUUUAUUUAGAAUGUGCUGUGUUUAGCUCUUGGUAACUUUGUAAUGCCUUAAAUUAAAAUGAUAGUAAAUAUUAGUAAGGCAGUGUUUUGGAUCAGUUCAACACUCUGCCAGCAUCCUUUUAUCCAGCGAGGUGGUGCUGAUAACAUGGACUUGCACAGAGCUUAUGCCAAAUGAUGAUGAUUUCAGUUUUUGUGGGGAGCGCUCAAAAGAAACUACUUGAUUUUAAGAAAAUAGUUUCAAGAAAUUAAAUUAUAUUCUUUGUAGAUAUUAUUUAUUUACUCUGAUUGGGUUCCUGUUAGAAGCAUUUUAUCCAUAUUCCUUCUAUUACACCUGUCAUUAAUACAUUAAAAAGAUAUGUGUUAGACUAUCCAAAGAGCACUAUUCUAUAAUUCCAUACACUGGACUUCCUUUUGGAAUUUAUGAGUAAUUUAUUUUCCUUAGCUUUUCUCACUCAAAUUAAGAGAAAGUUAAAAAAUAAUGAUUUGAGUGACAUUCUUUAAGCUGUGAGGUGAUUCUUUUACUGGUUAUUUAAAUUGGCCUGUAAAGAGAACAGUUAAGUAAAAGAAUUAUUUUGGUUAAA